AUGGCUGCACAUCUCCUCGUAUCUGCUCUCACUCUGUCCCUGGCCGCUGCUUCACCGGCUGGUUGGGACGAAUGGACAACGCCAAGCACGACGACGACGACGACGACCACUGCUGUACCAUCCACCCCCUCAUGGGGGGACUGGACCGCUUCUUCCAAAAAGACCACCUCCACGAUCGCCAUCACUACCAAUAGUUCCACCAGCACGACAUCAUUGAGCAAGACUUAUACACAAACUGCGUCAGUCGGGCAAUGGGCAGACUGGCUCCCUCAUGAAGAUGGCUCUUCUUCAAGCCACUCCGGAAGCAAUACAGGAUCAGACGGCUGGGGCGAUUGGGCCAGCGGCGGACAUUCUGGCUCAGGCGGUUCAUCCUGGGGAAGCUCGUCCUCGGGAGGUUCUUCCUCGUCGGGCGGCUCAGCAAGUGGUGGUUCCUCGUCUGGGGGUGCCUCGUUCGGCGGGAGUUCCUCCUCUUCCUCUGGAGGUUGGUCGUAUUCCGGCAACACCGGGGGGAAUCCAGCAAUUGUUUCGGCUUCGGCGCCGAUCCACACCUUGACUCCUGGCUUCCUUCCUUCACACAAUGACCAAGAUCUCUCGCACUUGAAGCCGGGCAGCGCAAAGGGUCUGUUCUUUGCGCAGGGGGCUCCCAACUCUGGUAUCUCAUCAGGGUCUCUCUACGUUUCGGCUGGGACUACUUUCCAGUAUCCUACCGUCGUGCUCGAUCAUUCGGCUUUUGUGGCGGCCACCGUGUCUGGUUCGUCAUUGACCGUCGCCUUUUCUUCUCAACAAGCCUACAACUAUGCAAUCAAAUCGUGGCCUGCUGAUGGUACUUGGUUUGUCCUGGCUACCACAGAGGGAUCCGAUGACGGCCACUAUGUGUAUUAUCUAACUUCUUCGGUGAGCUUCGACUCUGCAACAUCAACCGCCACUUGUGACGUGAAGGCCGUGGAUCUCAAUUACGUCGCUGAGAGUUUCGACCUGGAGUGGGGCACAUAUCAACAAUCCUCCUCGACCUCGACUGGAGCGCCUGGAAGUGUGUCCACAAAGUCCUCCUCGGGCUCCGUUGGAGGUUAUUCAACAACCAGCAGGGGAUACCCCGGUUCAGGCGCAACAUCAACCACAAGCGCUGCCGCAACAUCCCUACCCACAGGCACCGACGACAGCGAUACAUUCGACCAGCAACUCGAUGAUGCCCUAGGGUACAUCGUAUGGGAGGAAUCGGACUUCCAGCAAGACCUCGGUGAAUUUGCUGGUGGUCUGGAUGACUAUAACUGGAAUGACUAUGACGAUGAUGACGAUUCCGACGACGAUGACGGCAUCUUCACUGACGAUGGCGACGACGACAACAGCGACGCUGAUGUCGAUCUUGAUACCGACGACGGCGACUAUUUUGAGCAAGACUCCAAGAAGAGGUCUCUUACAAAACGCGCCACUGCUAGUAGGGAUCGAAGCAAUGCAGUCGUUUCGGAUAUUCGCAAGAAGGGAGCGGCUGCCUCCAAAGACAAAGGGAUCCAAAAGAAACCGUCGCUUAAGGACAAAAUUGUUGGUUUCGCCAAGAAGGUUGUCUCCAAGGCAUCUGACAUUAAAUCAUGGGUCGAUGGCAGCCCCCACGAAUACCAAGUGAAUAAGACCUUCACCAUUCCCAACGCUACUCAAGUAAAAUACGUCCAGCAGGACUUCUUCAAGGAUGACAACGACAAACCGCUCAAUGCCAUCAAGAUCUGGGAGAACAAUAACUUCCAUGUGUACUGCGUCUCCUGCGGUGUCACGGGAUCGUUGAAUGUGGCUGGUCGCGCUGCCUUCCACAUCACCAAGGGCCUGACUAUGGGCCAACUUGAGAUGUUGGGAAACUUACAAGCAGGUGUCAAUUUGGGCGUGGCGGCUGAGGUCAAUUACGCUGACAAGAAGAGCGUGCGACUUUUCACUCAAGGUAUCCCCGGUCUCUCGGUUCCCAAUAUCAUCACUAUCGGACCAUACAUCACCCUCGAUGCCGAAGCCGGUUUCACUUUCAAUGCUACGGGCCAAAUACUCGUGGGCGGCACAGUCAAGGUUGCCAAUGCUCGUGCCGUGAUAGAUCUGGUGAACUCAGGCAACUCACAGACCCCGACCUGGCAACCACAAUUUGAGCCAACCUUCAAGGCCAAGGGCGAGAUCAUCAUGGACACCUACGUCGCGCUGCCGAUCGGCCUGGCCUUUGGUCUGGAUAUUGCCAACUCCAAGUUCACCGCCGAGGUGGCUGUCACCAGUGUCCCCUCGCUGCACGCUGGGGCGACCUUCCAAGCCGAAGUCAGCCUCUCGAAUGGUACGCUUUCCGGAGGCGUGAAUUCCACUGCUAAUGGUGCCACCAAUGGUGCUUCAACUGGCCAGACCUGCAAUGGCAUCAAUUUCUACAUCAACUUACAACACGAUCUCAAGGCAAAUGCGGUGGCUAAACUCUUCGGUAAGGAGAAGUAUAAGACCAAGGACAAACAGCUGCUCAGCCCAUACAAGCUCAACCUGGCCUCCAAAUGCUUGACACUAUCUGGAAUUAAGAAGCGCCAAUCUGACAACACAACUACUACUGACGACAGCUACGAUUACGACAGCGAUUCGCUACUGACGCUGUCCCAGUACGCAGCGGGAACUGAUCCGUUCCCGAACAUCGAUGUUGACGUCGACGGAGAUAGCGACGGAGUAGACGACGAAGACGAAUACGACUUCCCCUCCCAAGUUUCGGCUUACAUGAAUGACACCUCGUCCAACUUCACCACACCGCUGGAUCUCGAUGGGUCAGUCCAAUCUGGCCCGGAAUACAAUUACACCAUCAUCUCCGACACAGGACUCCAAUAUAACCUUGCGGCUGACGACGAUGGCAACGUCCGCAUCCAGGACAUCGAUUCCGAAACCUUUGGUAGUGCAUUAUUCGAGGUGUUUGACGAAGUUGUCGUCGGUGAUAGUGAGGGUCGCACCUUGUUUUACUACACUCCCGAAAUGAACAACUACGGUGUCUCGCGCCUCCGCCUGGGUGAUUCUGAGCACAUCCCCAUCUCCUCUGAGAUUGUUGGGCUGGUGCCUUUUAUCGUUGACGAUGGCACCAACGACGGGGCUCUCGACAGUGUCUUCGUGGCCAUGGACACCCAAGGCAACGAGUACUGGACAGUGCUGUGCAACUACGCGGAUGGCAAUACGGCGAGUAAGGUCUUCCUUGUCCAGGACUUCGACGCGGGACUGGACAUGUUGAAGAACGCGACUCUCGAGCAGUCGGUUACUGGAGGAGAGAUCAGCGACUGUGUGGACCUCCCUCUGACGAAUGGCUUGGCUGGUCUCUAG